CACGUUUUUCGUAUGCUGCUGUCAGUUAUAAACAGUUGUUAACGUUGUGAAGUCCGCCUAAGAUGUUAUUUGUAUAAUUGCUUGUACCGGUGUAGAGAAGCUCAGUCUGUCUUUCUCCUUCACACAUGUCUGGUCGCUCACAGAUGAUCUGAUAUCAAAUCGCUUAGUGAAAUAUCUUUAUCAGAGUAUACGAAUGGAAAUAAUCACGUGUUGUUCCUUAAUUUGCAGAAGUAUCGUCAAAAGCUAUUUUGUUGAUGCAUUUUAAUUAAUGUGAAACGAUUUCACGUUAAAGUAUUGAUACACUGACGUAAGAUGACUUGUACGGAAUCAAGAAGAGAGCUAUUGAACAUAAACUACAUAAUUAUCAUUUGAUAUUUGAAUACGGAAUGUGAGUGAAAGUCAACGGCAAUCGGAGUUAUGCCCCUUGGGGAGGACGCCUGUCAGGCGACAUACAAGAUCCUGAUAAUAGGUGACGCCUCAGUGGGAAAGACAGCACUGUUGAGAACACUUAUUUCAGAACCCUUCCAGGAGAAAACCAGACCGACUGUUGCCUUGGAUUUUGUGAGGAAAUCAUUUGAGGUUGAUGGUGCUUUUGUGCAGCUGCACCUAUGGGACACGGCAGGUCAGGAGAGAUUUCACUCUAUCACUAAGUGGCACUAUCGGGGGACAAAGGGCAUUGUGGUGGUGUAUGAUAUCACUGACAGGGAGACAUUCCAUCACUUGUCCUACUGGAUAGACAGCGUCAACAGGGAUGUCUCCCAUAGCAACAACAAAUACGAGGCCGUACCGCUGGUGUUACUAGGUAACAAAGUGGACCUCUGUAGGGAAAGAAGAGUAAAGACACGAGAAGGACAGAAGCUUGCAGAUAAACACAUGGCGUUUGGAUUCUUUGAAACAAGCGCAAAGACCGGUGAGAAUGUUGUGGAUGCUUUCCGGAAAAUGGCCUAUCACGUGACUGAUAUUUGCGAUCCGAAACUUAUGAAAAGCUAUCAUCCUAACAUGUUAAGGCCACCAGACAUUGUUCGCAAAACCGGAAGUACCAUGCAACAGAUACUUCCCUCAGAUAUGAUAAGUGAUGACAAUAUCAAGGGGAAGAAAGUUAAAAAGAAAAGGAAGAAAAAAUCAAAACACAAAUCCUGUGAAAUUGAAAUGAGGACUCUAAGGAGAGAAGAUAAAAGCACGUGUACCAUACCAAAAGACAAAACGGAGGAUUUGAAAUCUGCGGAAAAUGGAAAAAAGAAAGAUAAAUCCAGGUUCAAAAGUGCAAUAAAAUUAAAACGUUAUGAAAAAACGAACAAGAUACAAUGCUGUGUACUAUCUUGAAAAGUAUAUGAUAUAAUUGAAGCAAGAUUCCAAAUUACAGAUUGCAGACACAAGUGUGAACCGAUGUCGGAUUACAAUAAUGGACCGAUAGAUCAUAUAGUAACCAAAACAUAACGACAAUCACGGUGUUGAGUUUUUUUCUCAUUUAUAGAAAACAAUAUUAAGAAAGUCUAAGUGGUUGCGUGCUUUAUAUGACACUAUCCAAUUGAAGUAUAUUGAUACGGGUCUCUAAACGGAAGCUUACAAAAAGCAAAUAUAAUGUGGCGUUUUCGUUUAUGUUACCUGCUGACGGUUACAUUAGUGUGUAUAAGGCGCAGAUUUACACAAUAGGAGUGCUUUAUUUAUGUAAGUUUCUGAUGGUCGAAUGCAUGUGCAGCAAGAGAGUGUAUCCCACUUUUGAUCGAAAAUGUUGUUGUGUAAGUUUACAUGUUUUUGAUAUAAGCAAAAAGCAUAAUAUAUUGCACGGGUAGAAACAUAUUUAUACAUAUUAAUAUCGUAUAUGAAUAAUUGCUAUUAUAUGAAUACAUUUGUAUCUGUGUAAUGUUGUAUGCUAUGGUAAUUCAUAUUACAGAGAUUGUAAACGUACUAAUUUUGUCAUAGUCAAACUUUAGCGCAUUACCUAAUUUUAAUAGUUUAUAGCAAUUAUCAAGUAGCGCACCGAUAUUAUUUGCCAUAAGAAUAGUGAAUAGAAUGUGUUUUAGCUCAAUCAUAAUUUGAGCAGUGCUUCCAGCGCUAAAAUAUUAUUACCGCUAAAAUAAGUACACUUGCAGUAAAAAUAUUUAUGUAUAUAUGUUUUACAAACCUGUGUCUUGUUUCUAUUGUUGAUAUUAAUUGGUUAAUAAAACGUAUUAUUACAUGAUUCAACGCU